GCGGUCUGUGCAGGAUGAGGUUCUUGGUUGCGUUCGUGUUGCUGGGCGUCGCAGUGGCGGACCCAGGGGCGCUGGCUUCCUCUCCAGCCGCCAUAACAGUCACUCCGAAGGCUUCUACAAGAGCUCCGCAGCAGUUUACCCAGAGCCCGCAGUCUGAGCAAGAACACAGUGACAGACCCCCUCUGAGCCAGCACACCACGAAAGCCGUCACUGGCAAUUCAGGCCCCGAGCGGCACACCACGAAUGACGGCCCUGACAAUUCAGGCUCCGAGCGGCACAACGCGAAUGACGGCCCUGACAAUUCAGGCUCCGAGCGGCACAACGCGAAGGACGGCCCUGACAAUUCAGGCUCCGAGCGGCACAACGCGAAGGACGGCCCUGGCAUUUCCUCCAGAGACCAGUCCAGCAAGCCGGUCUCCAGCCCCUCUUCUGAUAACAAGGAGCCCACCAACCCUGAUUUAAACGCACCAGCUGAUAAAGCUCAGCAGGCUUCCAGAACUGAGUCUGGGGAAAACGUAUUGCUAGACUCCGACCCCUCUUCUCCCCAGCAGGAGGGAGAAGGUAAGUCUUUAGAGCCAACUAAAGAUGAGGAGCCCAAGGAAACGGAGGAAGGGGAUACAGAGCCUGAAGACGGUGCACCAGCCAAAGACGAGAAAGAGAUGCCUGGCCCUGCCUCCAGUGAGAACCGUGAAGGGACAGUUUUGAAUCCCUGGAGUAGGGAGAAGGAUGACCUAGUGUAUAAGGAUAAUCUUGGAAGUGCCAGUGCAGAGAGCAGCCACUUCUUUGCAUAUCUGGUGACAGCAGCCAUUCUCGUUGCUGGCCUCUAUAUUGCCUACCACAAUAAGCGGAAGAUUAUUGCUUUCGUCCUGGAAGGUAAAAGAUCUAAAGUUACACGGCGGCCCAAGGCCAGUGAAUACCAGCGCUUGGACCAGAAGAUUUGACUUUUCUGUUCUUGAGAACCUUGUCCUCCCUGCUGAUUUGUUCCUAAAUCAAGAAAAAUGAAGAGAAAAAUACUGUGACUUAAGAGACAACCCCUCUUCUUGGGUUUGCUGGCAAGUCCGGGCCGGCACAGGCGGAGGGGUGGGGGUUGCUUUGGUUUUUGCACCUGCACUUUGGCGACCUUGUCCUCCUGUGUUCCCGUUAUUUAUGCUGGUAUCUUCCAGCCUGUCCCCCUCUGAGUGUGAGUAGAGGAGCAUGUGGUACCCAGCUGUGACCAAAGGGAGAUCCCAGCCUGGGGCGGGUGCCGGCUGCUGACUGCCCUCCCUGGGGCCUUGGCCCUAUGGUGAAGUUAGCCCUUGCAAACAGCAUUGUACCCGCCACUCCUUUUACCUUCGGGGACCUAGGAGAAAACUGCAGGUUGAGGUCUGUUUCUACCAAGACCUCUCCCUUUGAGGGAAUAUGCACUACAAGAGAUGUAGAAGGUGGUGAAUACUGAUGGGCAAAGGGCUCCUUUGAACAUAAUUCUCUUCAAAGGCUUCAGCAGCAAACCAAAACAGCAGCUAAAAAAUGUGCUAUAUUGCCUGGGAGUCCAAGCUGCCUAGUGCAAGCUCUUCACCUUCUUCCGACGUUUUCAUGUGACUUAAGAUGAAGUGAAGCUACUUGCAUUUGUUGUGCUGAGGAGAAAACUGAACUUGGGGGUUCUGGGAGGAAAGCUGUAAAGCUGCUGUUCCCAUCACAGAUGUUUUAAAAAUAGCAGUGAUGAUUAUUGAAACACUGUGUCCAUCUCUACUCACCAUCCUUAUAGGAGCUUUUUGAAGUAGGGUGAGUUCAUGCUUUAGGCAAGGAAGCCCGUAGGCCUGUUUGGUUUGGGUCUGCAGAUUUCGAAGGGCUUUUAUGAAACACGUUUCCCACAAACUCUAUUUUACCUUUGUUGCCUAAAAUAGACUUACAUUUACAAACGGACUAUACUCUCUCCUUUACGUAAAUCUAGUUAAUGGUCCUUUUAUCUGAUAUAAAACGCCAAGGUCAAUUAGUAACAAUUGUCCUUCUGUCCCGUGUCAGGGUUAUUAAAAUUUAAGAAAUUCAGAGAGUUCCCCUAGGGUAACGGAGGGUCGUGUCUUGGAUCAGACUGUUGUUUGACGUUUUAUUUAAAUCUGUUCUAGCUGUGCCGCCUUAGUAUCAGGAGCCUAAAGAGAGUUGUUUCUGCAAAAACAAAAAACUGAAGGAGAAUAGCUGAUCUCAGGAAAUGUGAAGAAUGUGGGAAGUGAGAGGAAUAGGGUGAGUUCUAGGCUGGUGAAGUCUGGCGGAAGAAGGGGCCAUCCUGUUUGUCAUGGAAUCUUCCACCUCGCUUGAAACAGCCCGUGACUUUGAGUUGGGAUUUUCACUCUCUGCAGGUAACAUUUGUAGGGCUCAGAAAUGAAGGCUCUGCUUGGCAUCGUCCCCUAAGACCAUGGUUAUUUUAUUCCCUUUUCUGUCUCCCUUUUCUGUCCCUUUCUUCCUCCUCUCUAAUGGUUUCUCUUUCUGCCUGUCUCCACUGGCCCCUUUCCUUCCACCUUCACGCACACCCAGAUUCCCCUGCUCCCAUCCAUCCUAUUUGUGGUCCAUUCUGCUCUUCAGCGUCUCCCAAAGGUGUUGCUUCCAUGCCCUUCCCAUUCAUCCUCCUCACAAGCUUUACAAACUCCUUUUGGUCGCUGUCUUUCUGCUAAUAAUGUUUUCCCAGAGGUUCAGAUCACCAGGUCCACUGGCUUGUUCUCAAAGCGUAGUCUUGUCCCUGAUAGAAUUGGACACUGAGACCAUCCAAAUUGAACUUCCCCUCUUUUGGUCUCUGUCCUGGCUUCUGAGAACUCCUUGGCCUUAUCCUGUGCUGGUUGGGGAGAGGGCCCUCAAUGACAGGUCUCUUCCUUCGUCUCCUCAGAGGCUCAUCUGUUCUUUAUCCUCUGAGUGAGUGACCCCCCAAGUUUCUAUUGUUGGCCUAGUUUCCAAAGAACCCAGUUCUGCCAUGUGCUUGGUCAUCCUGCUGUCACUGGAAUGGAAUUUCUCUCUUCUACCCAUUAAGCCGCCCCUCUCAACUGCCCAGUUUCUUUAAUUAUCUCAACUCCAAAGUGCAGACUUUUGCCAUUUCUAUCUCUUGUCACAAAAGUCCUAUCCAUUUUUUUAAAAAGUAGCUCCAACUACAGUCUUUUCUUCCCUUUUGCCCUGCUUCCCUGCCCCACACCCCCAUGCAUUCCACUUCUCUUUCGGAUUUUUUUUUUCCCCUCCAGGAGCCAUUUUAAUUGGUCUGCUGUCCAUUUUUUCUCGCGUGUGUAAAGAGACCCAAGUGGUCUUUCUGAAGGACUUGCCGGGAUCUGAAGUGUCUGUCUCGUGGCUUCGAGACUCGAGCUCAUGGACCUGGGUGUUCAGGGCUCCCCAGGCUGGCACUAUCCUGCAUCCUCGCCGGGCCCGAGGCCCUUCCGGUCAGGCACCCAUCCAGGCCUCUGUGCCUCUUCACCCUUGCCGUGUCCUGCAGUCCCUGGCCUCCGGUGGCUGUUUCUCAGUGAGGGCACUCCCCCUUCUCUUCUUGCCCUUGCCUCCCCAAAACCAGUCUCCUCAGGGCCCGCCUCGAGUUUGCCCUUGCACCUUCCUGACUCCUCGCCCCAUGUGACUGGCUCUUUCCAUCUUACGCGAAUCGCUUCUAACAGUGCCACUCACACAUCUCGGACCUGCAGCAAAACAGCGCGGUCGGUAUCUGACAUCCCUGUCUGGUCUCCCCAAGACUACGAAGCGUCUCGCGUGAACACCCUCGGCACUGUCUGCGUCUCCGCCCAGCACGGGACAGUCCCCAGGGACUCGAGGAGUUCAGUUCCUUCUUGCAAAGGAGACGUGGUCUUUGUUCAGGACAUCUGACGGUGACUUAACUGAGGCCUCACACGGCUCUUUCUGGCCACUGGUUGUUGCCCCUCGUUGAUGGAUUUUGCUAGGAAGGAGGAGAGAAGAACGCAGGGUUGGUUCCAGGCUCCAGGAGGGUCAGCACCAAGCGGACGCACGUGUCUUGUUGUGGAGUCCAGCUAGCUUCACUUUUGGAGCUCUUGAGGAGUAUGGUUUCUUGUGUGAAAGAGUACAAUAGAAUUUAAGUGUCACUUUAGAAAUUGUGCUGAAAGAAAUCUCCCACACCGAAGGAAAAGUUGUUUCCUGGGUAGUGGUCUUUUUGAAGCUAAACUCUCUGAAGCGUGUUUUCCUAAAGAUUGUGUAGAUGAGGGUGAGCGGGCCGGGGGGGUGGGGUGGGGGGAGAUCAGCGGGGGGCGGGGCCGGGGGCGGGGCCGGGGGCAGGCAUGAGGGGCCUCCUACCCAGAGAGCUUCCAUUCCCACUCCCAGUUUUUGCUUGAAGGGUGGUUUCUAUUUGAAGGAAUCUGUGCUUCAGAAUUGCUUGAAGAGUCUACCUAGAAAGGCUAAGAUAACUCAGAAAGACCUGACAGCUAGCUAUGUGUACACACUGACGUUUCUUUCCCCAUAGCUUUUAAUGACACUAUUAGUGACAGAAUGCUACACCUCUGAAAUUCCCAAUAGUGAUUCUCAUUUUCUUCUCCCAUUUCAUGUCUUUUAAUUAAAAAGCCUGCCCCACGUUUUUGUAGGGUAGCUGGAUGUGUAAUGCUGCACGUGUGAUGAAAGCUAGCACACUUGGCACACGUUCUGAGUCACUGGAACAGGGAGGAGAGCACGCCGUACACCAGAGCCUGUACUUCGGCCAGCCUUUUUCUGAAAACUUUUGCUGGGACCGUUGUGUUUGGCGUUGCCUUGCUUAAGAAAGAAGGCCGGGAAGAGAUUUUCAAGUCUAACUGAACUAUACAUCCGGAACCAAGACUGAAUCUCAACUCAGUUCCAUAAGUGACCUGUGACUCUCCUAAAUAUCCCAAUCUAGAAACUCCUCUGUAAAGGCAUGGGGUCUGAGUGUAUAGCGUUUCAAGCUGCCAACAAAGCCAGCUUCCUCACACUCUUCGAUAUUCCUUUAAUUCAAAAGUCUAAUGUGUUCAAUAAAUGGUGGGUUGUUGAAAUUGUUGCCCUUCUUUUUUGUUUACCCAAUUAGCAGAAUACCACUGUUUUGCAGUGUUUUAUAUUUCCAGCUUGUAACAACGAUAAUUACUUGAUUGUACGUCUUUAAAGCUUAUUUGGUCUGUUGAUAAGUAUUUUUGCAUAUGUAAUGUUUUACCUAGCUUCUGUGAAUGCCAUCACUACGUAGUUUUGUAUCUCUGCACAGAAACCAAAAUUUCAAACAUUAAAGCUCUGAAAGUCAUUACAUUUAA